AUGUCUCUUCGAUUCAACGAACUGAACGUGGUGCGAGGUCUCAGCAUAGUCUUAGCUUUCAGCUACCACGUUAUCGCCUGUUGCUAUGCUUUAUUCAAUCCUUGCUGGUCUACUGGAAGACGAAUGCGCAAAGUCCAAAUUAUGUUUUGUGGCCUGGUGGUUCUGUCAACUUGUGCACAAACGAUCAUUGCUAUCAGGAACAGCAACCCAGCGUUGACCAACGAUCCGGAAGUGUUGUACUCCCUAUUCGUCACUCUGAUCUGGGGCAUUCUUCUGUUGGAGACCGUGGAUGCUUCCAGCGGCAUUUCUUAUCCCCAAUAUGGCGUUUGGGUUAUCCUUCUACUUUCAGAGAGUGCCAUUUUAACCCUUCAAGUAAAGAACGAACACCGCUCGAAUCCUCUUAGUCCUGCCAACGUCAUCCUAGAAGUUGUCAGGAUUUCCUUGACGGCCCUCCUUUCUGGGAGUGUUUUUGUGGCAUAUUACAGAGACGGGAAUGAGAUUGGGACUGACGAGGAGACACAAGCAUUACUUGGUGACGCAAGUUCACGACCGAAAUCAGAUGAAGUUGGUAAAUCGAAGAAAACAGACCAGGACGAGUUGGAUAGACUAGAGAUCCGCAACCGACCACGAUGGCAGUAUCUUGCAUCCUUCAAGAUAUUUGUUCCCUUUAUGUAUCCAAAAGGCUACCGGAAUCAGACAUUUCUGGGCGCGAUGCUCCUGACCAGCCUUGUGGAGCGGAUUGUGAUGGUUGUGCUUCCUUUAACCCUGGGAGCUGUCGUCAGCGGACUGGGCUCGCAUAUACCGUGGGCAGCAAUUGGUCUCUAUUGCUUUCUCAGAUUCUGCAGCUCGGCUGCCGGUUUAUCGUUGUUGGAGACAUACCUCUCUUACCAAGUCGUCACCGAUAUGACUAUUGCGCUGAAUCGACACUCAUACGACCAUAUCAUGAACCUGUCUGCGGAUUUUCAUGACACGAAGAAGUCUUCAAUCAUAUGGCAAACCAUGCAUCAGGGUCAGGAUGUAAUUAAUUUCUUCAAAGAUAUCAUUUUCGACUUCGCGCCAACCGUCAUCGACUUUGGGGCAGCGGCCGUGGUUCUCACAAUCAUGUUUGGACCUUACAUGUUGUUCGUCAUCAUGACAACCACCAUCUUCUUCUACUGGCUCACUUUUAAAGCGCUGGCUAGAAAUCGCGAACUCAGUCGAGUAUCACUGGACGCAUGGCAUGACCAGUACUACCAACUGACUGAGUCCACGGUUAAUUGGUCGACCGUCUCUCAUUUUGGUCGUCUGCCAUACGAGAAGCAGCGGUAUCGGGAGAAGGGCGAUGCCAAUCGAGCUGCAGAUAUGACUUAUUUUGCCCAUGCUUCUUGGAGCAGGGGAGUACGAUAUUCAAUUUUGGCUAUCAACUUUGUCGCUGCAUGCUGCGUUGGAGCCUUGCAAAUUGCUUAUAGUGAUCGAAAAGUAGGCGACUUUGUGAUUUUGGUCACCUACUGGACUCAACUUACAUAUCCUUUGGAUACCCUUGCAUACAAUCUUGCAAGGAUUAGCCAGAAGAUGGUUAAUGCCGAGAAGUUACUUGUUCUCCUGGAGAAGUCACCCCGCGUGCAAGAUGUGCCGGAAUCAAAGGUGUUCACGUUCCUUGCUGGAGCGGUGGGGUUUGAAAAUGUGACCUUCUCUUACGACGGCCACAGAAAAGUAGCAGACGACAUCACGUUCCGUGCAGCGCCUGGGCAGACUGUUGCCUUGGUUGGACGGACUGGAGGAGGCAAAAGUACUCUCCUGAAACUCCUCUUCCGUUUCUAUGAUCCGGAUCAAGGCCGUAUUUUGGUCGAUGGCCAAGAUAUUCGGCAAGUGAAGAUGGAGAGUUUUCGAAAACACGUUGCAGUUAUUCCUCAGACUCCUGUGGUGUUUAACAUGACAAUAAUGGAAAACAUGAGAUAUCCUGAUCUCGAAUGCACGGAUGAAGACAUCAUCGAGGCUUGCAAAGCCGCUGCGCUUCAUGAAAAGAUCACCACCUUCACGAAUGGUUACCAGGAGCAGAUUGGCGAACGUGGGACAAAGCUCUCCGGAGGGGAGUUGCAACGAUUGGCAAUAGCGCGGGCGAUGCUGAAAAAAGCCAAUAUCCUGCUUUUGGACGAAGCUACGAGCGCUGUGGACAGCAUCACGGAAAAGCAAAUACAAGCCAGUCUGCGGAAGCUCUGUGCAGGCAAAACCACAUUCGUAAUUGCACACCGCCUAUCGACUAUCCUCCACGCAGACCAGAUCCUUGUUAUCCAGGAUGGCCGCGUGGUUGAAUCAGGAACUCACAAUACUUUGAUGAAGGCGAAUGGACAUUAUAACGAACUAUGGUCAAGUCAAUUACAGAUGCAAGCUACGGACACCGGGGACCAAUCUCGCUCUCGUUCUCCCCGAGAAAAGGAGCAUUUUCUCUUGGUCAACGACAGCGGCGGCAAAGAGAAAAAUACCGGGAGUCUUGCUGCAAAUGUCACCCGCCAAAUGGAUGAUGACGCAAGGCAAAGUCGCGCCUCCUCCAAAGGUAGUAGCAAGAGCCAUCAAGCUAGCAACAACGAUCGAGGAAGAACUAAAGCAAGGCGAUUUGCCCGUUCAUUGAGUCGUACUCUCAGUCGAUCCAAGUCGCCAAAGGACUUGGCAAGAAGACGUAAAUCAUUGAAGCCAGAAACCGGAAGUCCUCCAAGAGAUGAGUUGGCGGCACACACCGCUCAAAGUCUUUCCAGUAGCGGGAGAUGUGAUAGUGACACAACGAAUCACUCUUUGCAUUCGACACAAUCCAACCCUCGGUCUGAGAAAUCGAAUCAUUCACAAGCUUCCACAUCCAAUUUUGUUGAAGCGUCUUAG